AUGUCUCUCGAUCUGUCCCUCCCUGCCACCUGCCCCGCUCUCUGUGGCUAUCUCAGGUACAGCUGGGACCUGGCUGCCUUUGCUCUCUACACUCUUAUCGAUCACUACAAUUAUGGAAGCGAAGUACCUCUAGUCCGGCUCCCAGAAACCUACAACCUCGCCGGCCGGAUACUCAAAGACGUCGUGCAAGCCCACGUCGACUUGGACAAGGAAGCCACCCUCGACCCUAACCUCCGCGUUCCAGGCUAUGAAUACUCAGCCAUCGGGGACGUAGGCUUUUAUCCGACGGCGUUUCUCGUGGUCACGACCCCGAACUGGGACAACGAGGGUGUGCCGUUUGUGUUUAUGGACGAUACCGAUGUCUCGGAGAAUGAGGACACUUAUCUAGAUCCGGAGGUGCGGCCGAUGGAUAAAUUCUCCAUGCCGCUUGACGAGGCACAGGGGUUGCUGGAGAGUUUUAGUCUCAGUAACUUGGGAAUGCUCGUCGCAAAGGAGCAAUAUGGCCUUGAGCAGAACGCAAACCGCAAGAACGACGGAGACGAAUAUCCUGAGACUGAACCACCUGAGCGCGAAGAAGAUAUUGAUAACGAUGAAGACGAUGUUGGCAACGAUGAAGCGGCUGCUGGUAACAGUUGCUUCUACCGCCUCAGUGAUGGCGAAGUCAUCUUUGCUCCUGGUGGUGCAUCAAUAGGUGAUGAGAUCUUUUGUACUACCACGGUCAAUGGCAAGCUUCAAGUCACAGAAGAACGCGUUGUCGAAGAGGUUGCGGGUUGGGAUAACAAGGAAGAAAGUGCUGGUAAUGGCGAAGAUGUUGAUAACAGGGGAGAAGAUGUUAAUAGCGGUGAAGAAGAUCCUGAUGUCUGUGUAGAUGCUGGUGAUAGUGCCUACUACCGCCUCAGUAAUGGCGACGUCGUCCUUUUCCCCGGUGGUGCAUCAGUGGGUGAUGAGGUCCUUAUACCUACCUUCACCCAUCCCGGGCUUGACGUUCGCGUAUCUCACGUUGUCGAAGAACUUGUGGACUAUGAAGAGUAG